GUGGGACACAGCUCGGUGAAGCUGUACUUCCAGGCGGCCAUGCGCCGCCGGGAGACCGCCUUACAACAGGCGGUGCCAGACUUGUUGAAGAAGCUGGCAAGGAGGGUCCACAGAGCUGCGACCCGUGGCUCCCGGGCAGUAAGCUCAAGACCGCCUUUGACUUCUUGGUGCUCGUGGUGGUGAUACAGCCCAGAGCGCCGCCAACACCUUGGGACGGGCAACUGCCGUCCCACGGGGCGGACGCCUUGGUGGUGGUCACGUGGUUCAUGCUCCGCAAGAUCAAGUCCGCCUCAGCCAAAGUGGGCGACAUCUCCGUCUCGCUUCGGGAGGUCAAUCUGCAGAUCCCCACACACAAGUCGGGCGGGACCACCACCAAACGAGACUGGGUGGCCAUGCUGGAGAGGGUCCUCACCGCCUGCCACUCACCUGGUCACCGCCCAGGGCGACGUUGUCCCCAAGUUCGGGAGUCACAGGAGCAUCCUUCCUCGUGGCGAACGGAGUGCCGUUGCCCAGAAAGAUACAGCCAGGCGGCACCGCUUGCCUUACCCAGGCGGCCGACCUCGCGCUGCGCAACGCGGCGCAAGAAGGCUGCGGCGCCGCCUGCCCGUGAAGCGUUCUUGAGAGUGGCGGGGGCCAACCCCAGACCCCAAGCGUGGGGAGAGUGGCAGGCGCCGUCCGGCCAAGACGAGCCCGAGGUGGAGUAUCGUGAAGCAUUGCCGCGGGAACCGGGCCAAGGGGCGAUGACGGACAAUUCCCACGUCAUCAUGCCUCAUCGCGCACGCAAGGUCCACCGCCCCGACAGGGCGGAGGACCAGAAUGAAAGGGCCCUUUGGCGGGCGCCAUGCGGAUGGCCAUGCGGCCAACGCAACUUUUACCGCCUCAGCGAGGCGUGA